GAUGGGAGACACACCUGGGAGAGAAGUCGGCAGCACUGAAGGGAGCCGGCGGCCGUGUGACGGAUGGAGAACUGUGACUGUGCACCCCGGCAGAUCCAGUCUGUCCGGUGUGAGAUGCAGAAGUCGUGCCCGGAGGGGUCCUCGGCGGGGCCCGGUGCCAAGCCUCGUAUCAUCACCAAGUUUGCAGAGUAUGUCGGCUCGUUCCCGGUGAAGGAAGCGGACUCCAGGAGAAGAGUCUGGAUUAUAGAAGAGCAGAUGCGGUUCCUUAAGGACUGCCCCCGGCGCAGAGCCGUCACCCUGAAGUUCUGCCUCCAGGGAGUGAAGAUGUACGAUGCUGAGGGAGAGACCCUGCUUAUGGCGCACGCCCUCCGACGCAUUCAGUACACAACCUGCAGGCCCGAGGACCGACAGUUCGCCUUUGUGUCACGCAACCCACACAGACCAGCCAAUCAGCUCUUCUGCCACCUGUUUGUGGGAGGGCAGCCCAGCGAGGCUCAGGUGUUGAAUCUGCUGCUAUGUCGCUCCUUCCAGCUCCAAUAUUUAUAUUUACACCCCGAGAUGGAGGACAUGAAGGCCUCGGCCUGUGCGGCUCCCAAGGGGCAGAGAAAAGGAUUCAAAGGCGGAGUCAUAAGGGAACCGCUUGACCCCGAACAAGUCACCCCCAAUGUCAACGCUUUGGUGUCUUUUAGGAGGCUUCCGGGGGCCGGGGAGGACGGCCUUACCAGCAGCCAAAGCGAGAUAUCAGAGGGAGCGAACAUCCCCCGGAGCUCCUCAUCCGACACUCCCUACUGCUCCCCCACACUCGUCCGCAAGAAGGCCAUCCGCAGCAAAGUCAUUCGAUGUGGAGCGUACCGCUGUCCCAACUACGAGUCCCAACUCCGGAGCGGGAUCAGACCCCAGACCACAGGUAGGACCAAUCACAGUCUGUCGGAGUUGUCGGAGAAGCCGGACGUCUUGGUGGACGCGGUGUGGUUCUGCGCUGGGAUUGACAGGGACUCGAGCCUCAGCCUGCUGAAGGAGGACCGUAUGGGGGCCUUCCUACUCCGCCCGGACCCCGGGUGCUCCGGACACUUCACUCUCUACAUGAGCACCCAGUGCGGGGUCAUCCCCUACAAGAUCUACACCAAUCAGAAGGCCAAGUACUGCUUCGAGCACCUCCCCCAGCAGUUCCCCAGCCUGGCAUCCUUGGUGGAGCACCACGCCGGAGCGGAGGGCAGCCUCUUCUUCCAGCUGGCACACGGCAGAGUGAAUCCGUGCUACGAGACGGAGGACCCCCGAUCCAGCCCGCCCUCGCCCCGAGAGACGGAGGACCCCCGAUCCAGCCCGCCCUCCCCCCGAGAGACGGAGGACCCCCGAUCUAGCCCGCCCUCCCCCCGAAAGACGGAGGACCUCCAAUCCAGCCCGCCCUCCCCUCGAGGGACGGAGGACCCCCGAUCUAGCCCGCCCUCUCCCCGAAAGACGGAGGACCCCCAUUCCAGCCCGCCCUCCCCCCGAGGGACGGCAGACACCGAGCAGAGACCGGCCCAGGAGGAGAAGGAGGAGGUCACCCAGAGGCAGGACGAAGGAUCACCAACCGACGCCCCCACACCAUUUAUACACCUUACAAUCUGAUUGGACAACCUCAGUG